GUGUGAAGUGGUGGAUUCCUUUUCCAUCCUUUUCACUGGAAGGUGCUCAUAGACGCCAUCUGCUGUUCAAAAACAGAGAGCGUGGGGAAAAUGGAUGAGGAGCUCGAAUCUGGAAUGAAUGAUAUUAUAGUUAGCCAUUAUAACCACUCGGGCAAGUGGGGAAGACCAAAAAGCACCGGUACAUGCAAGACAGCCUUCCUCAUUUUUAUCUGCGCUCUGAUCGUGUUGGAGAACAUCACUGUACUACUGGCACUAUGGCGCAACAAGCGUUUCCACAGCCGCAUGUACUUUCUCAUUGGCAAUCUGGCACUUUCGGACUUGUUAGCUGGAGUGGCGUACAUGGUUAACAUCUUCACCUCUGGCCGCAAUACUUUUUUCCUCAGUCCUGGCCAGUGGCUGCUGCGAGAGGGGAGCAUGUUUGUGGCACUUAGCGCUUCGACCUUCAGCUUGCUCGCCAUUGGGAUCGAGCGCCACAUGACGAUGGUUCGUUUACGGCCGUGUGAGACUGCAGGAAGGGGGAGGUUGCUAGCUCUCCUGGGAGCAUGCUGGGCAGUUUCGGUCCUGCUGAGUGCCUUGCCCAGUCUCGGCUGGAACUGUUUGAGCCGAGUCCACACCUGCUCCACUGUCCUACCACUGUACGACAAAAGUUACAUAGCCUUCUGCAUUAGCAUCUUCACAGCCCUACUAGCAGCAAUCGUAGUGCUAUACGUGCGCAUCUACCUGCUUGUGACGUCCAGCGGGCGUAGAGUGAGUUCCCGGCCAUCGGAUCGCUCACUCGCACUUUUGCGCACGGUAGUAAUAGUACUGGGAAUUUUUGUGGCCUGUUGGGCUCCCCUUUUUCUGCUACUGCUGCUGGAUGUGGGAUGCAGUCCGGAGCGGUGCCCGGUUCUCUUCGAGGUGGACUGGUUCAUCGCUCUGGCCGUGCUCAACUCUGCCCUCAACCCGCUCAUCUACACGCUUUCCAGCCGUGAAAUGCGGGCCGCCUUCUUCCGUGUGCUGUGCUGCUGUUGCUGUCCAACGCAGCUGGACUCCAUGCCCACGGUGACAGGGGCGGCACUCCCGAGAAUAGUCAUUCCCACCGCAGAGAACAGCAAAUCGAGCAUGGCCGGGGCGGGAAGUGGUGCAGCCAAGUCCUCCCUGAUGCGAAGUAAAGAUCCCACCCCGUCAAACUCCCACCAUCAGCAUGGGGACACAUCGGCACCAGCUGUCACACACCCCUCGGGGCCAGGUGACCUACUGUCUGCGGUGCUGGUUAAAGCUGGGGCACUUCCUUCUUUGGGGAAGUUUUGAAAAUGAUACUACGGGGGUCAGCACAAAAGAGUGGGAUGUUGUUAUUUCCCAAGAUGUUUGGCGACGGUUCCUUGCAAUUAUACACUGUUCUUCAGCUCUCUGAGGAUUACAAAACCUGGAUUUGCUUUCAUACAUAAGGCAUCCAUUGAUGAUGAGAUUUCAAAGGGACAACAAACUCAAUCAAAGUGCGACUGAACAAAUGCUGACCAAAGGAUACACAAACUGAAUUUACUUCUACAUGUAUUAAUAUUUAUGAAACUGAGCAUGUGCUAUGAGCACAUAACAUAGAGCCACUACAGAAUGUAAUCACUUGAAAAGCUUAGGUGUGCAAUCUUUUUUUAUCGAGAUAAUCCAAUUUGCAAUUUGCAUGAAGGAAAACACCUUAACAGUAUUAAAUGCAAUAUAACAGUACUCUUUGUAUGACUGACCUUUAACAUUUUUCCAGUUUAUUAUUAGACAAAAACAUUUGGAAUAGUUUGCUAUUCUUACCUAUUACGCAUACUAGAUGUAAUAAUACUUUACAAAUUGAAUGUUUUAAAGAAGACUGUGGAUGUUUAUGGUUAAUAUUCUGUGGAACGGUUUACAUGGCAGAAUGUAAGAUGAGGUGAUUGUGAAUGUGAAAUUUAGAUUGUUUUGCUCAAUAGUACUUACUAACUGACAUAAAAUUUAAAGAGUGAUAAUAUGUUAGUGUGAAGAAAAACGGGCAUCUUAUGUUAAGAUUGCCUUAUCUGUUCUGCUUUUAUUUGCAUGUAUAUACACUAGAGGGAGCUGUGACAUCACAUUGAAAUGGACUGCAUAAACAGCGCAAUAAUGAAAGCAAUGCACAGACAUUUUGUCUAUGAAUG